GUCUCAGUAUCACACAACCGUUCUUCAGACGUUCACAGUUGGCCGGUCGGUUCACACCAGAAAGUGCAUCCCGAGAAAGUGCAUCCACCCACAUCCGAUACGCAAUUGGCGAGGUGGCUGAAGCGCAAUGUUCGUCGACUGAGUUCGCACGUGAAGUGAUCAAAUCAAUCAACCACAAACGACACAACAAACCAAGAGAGAGAAAGAGUUAACAAGCUGAUCAAACGCCAGUGCGCACGAUGGAUUCCACCCCAAAAACAAUUGCCAAAGGAUUAACCCACACGAACUGCAUCACUAUCGGCAUCGCAUCCCCAACCACACCGGUGCGCGAGAAGUGGACCAGCAACAUCGAGUUCAUGCUAUCCUGCAUCGCGUACUCGGUCGGGUUCGGUAACAUCUGGAAGUUCCCAUACACCGCCCUGGACAAUGGAGGUGGUGCGUUUCUGAUACCCUACCUCGUGGUACUGUUCUUGAUCGGACGCCCCCUGUACUAUCUCGAGAUGGCUAUGGGACAGUUCUGUAGCCGAGGGUGCGUCAAGAUCUACGAUAUGGCGCCCGCAAUGCGCGGUGUCGGUGUGGGUCAAUCGGUCGCAAUGGUCGUGGCAAUGUCGUACUACACACCGAUCCUGGCGAUCACUCUGCGCUAUCUGUUGCUCUCGUUUAGCAGUGAGCUGCCGUGGAGCAAGUGCGAUCAUUCGUGGAGUCGGUGUAUCAAUUCGGACUUUCGUGGAUAUGCGAACGUUACGAAUGGACUGGCCGAGGAUCGCCGGAACGUUUCCGCUGAGCUGUACUUUACCAACACCAUAAUGCACCGAGCACCAUUGGCAGAGGGACUUGGAUGGCCAGAUGGCAAGCUGGUCCUGUGUCUACUCGUCUCCUGGUCCAUUCUGGUUGUGAUCCUCAUCAAAGGAGUUCGCAGCACCGGGAAAGCGGCCUACUUUCUUGCCAUCUUCCCGUAUGUAAUCAUUUUCAUCCUGCUUGCCCACUCCCUCAGUCUGGAAGGUUCGCUCGAGGGCAUCAAGUUCUUCCUAACACCCAAAUGGGAAAGCCUAUUCUCAGCCAAGGUAUGGAUGGAAGCAGUCACACAGUGUUUCUUCUCCCUGUCAAUCUGUUUUGGUGGAAUCAUUGCGUACUCCUCGUUCAAUAAUUUCUCCAAUAAUGUCUAUCGUGACGCAAUGAUCAUCUCCUGGUUGGAUACGUUCACAUCCAUCGUAGUCGGAUGCAUCGUGUUCGGAGUUCUCGGUAACUUGGCACACGUCACGCACCGCACCAGCAUCCAGGAUAUUGUCCGCGAGGGCCCCGGACUAACAUUCAUGGCGUAUCCGGACGCGAUCGCAAAGUUUGAGUACUGUCCGCAGCUCUUCUCCGUCCUAUUCUUCCUGAUGUUCUUCAUCGUAGGCAUUGGCAGUAAUCUGGGAGCGAUCACGAGUGUCAUCACGGCUAUUCGCGACCGAUGCCCAACGGUUGAGAAUUGGAAGAUUGUGAUGGGCGUUAGUGUGAGUAUGUUUUGUAUCAGUGUCGUCUACCUUGCCCCUGGGGGGUUAGAUCUUCUGGACGUGCUGGAUACAUACGGAGCAAAGUACGUUACGCUCACGCUAGCCCUGUUUGAGAUUCUCACCUUUGCGUGGAUUUACGGAGUGGAUCGCGUUUGUCGCGACAUCAAGUUUAUGCUGCAGAUCGAAACAGGGCUGUUUUGGCGCAUCUGCUGGGGCAUUAUAGCGCCGCUGCUGGUCGGUGUAAUACUAAUCGUGAGUUUCAUCGACUACAUCCCAUUAAACGUUCCCGCAGAGUAUAACGUUGCUGGAUGGAUUCUGUACACGUUCGCCAUCCUGCAGCUACCGUUGUGGGCCGGUUACGCGAUCAUGACACAGGACGAGAAAGGCUGCAGGACGGCAUGGAAGACAGCCUUCCAGCCGAGUACCACCUGGGGACCGGAGAACGAGCUCACCCGCGACCAGUACAACAAGAUGGAGAGCAAGCGGAGCCACUUUACUGCAACCCCGGCCCGACAUUGUACGCAAAGAUUGUGUGGCAAAAUAUUUGACUAAUUUGUUGUGCCAUCUAAUAGAU